CAGGGUAAGGCACGGGCUCUGUGGGCAGGGCCCGGACAGACGGAAAGACCUGUCGGACCUGCUGGUUGGCUGUUCAGCCCAGUCGCUGGGCCAGCCUUUCCUUCCCCACUUCUCACGGACAAGGAAGGCGAGGGCACGGAGUCUGUCGCAGCAGGAGCAGACUUUGGUGCCUGAACUUUGAGUUUUGGAGCGAGAGCAGGCAGGCCCCGUGGGCGUGGGCGCCCAGCCCCGUCCUGCCCUGCAGCCCGCAGAGAAAGGAGCCGCCAGUACCCCUGGCCACGGAGGGGACACCAAUCCCACCCAGCCCACCGUGAGGAGCUGCUGGGAAAACGAGCUGAAGCGUCCUCGCGUUCCCGAGCGCGCGGUCAUGGCGACCCUGCACCGCACAGACUCGACGCUCACGGGCCUGGACGAGGAGGCGCUGUGGGACAUGAUGGAGAGCCACCGGCACAAGAUCGUGAGCCGCAUCUGCCCCAGCCGCCUCACGCCCUACCUGCGCCAGGCCAAGGUGCUGGGCCAGCUGGACGAGGAGGAGGUGCUCCACAGCCCCAGGUUCACCAACACCGUCAUGAGAGUCGGGCACCUGCUGGAUUUGCUGAAGAUGCGAGGGAAGAAUGGAGCCAUUGCCUUCCUGGAGAGCCUCAGGUUCCACAAUCCGGACGUGUACACGCUGCUCACAGGGCUGCAGCCCAAAGGGGACUUCAGCAACUUCAGUGGGCUAAUGGAGACGUCCAAGCUGACCGAGUGCCUGGCCGGGGCCAUCAGCAGCCUGCAGGAGGAGCUGAGCCAGGAGAAGGGGCAGAAGGAAGCCCUGCAGCAGCGCUGCGGGCAGCUGGAGGCGCGCCUGGGCCGGGCGGAGGCCCGCGCGCAGAGCCUGGGCCAGCUGGAGGCCAACCAUGACCGCAUGAAGCGCGAGGUCAGCGCCCACUUCCACCAGGUGCUGAAGCUCAAGGACGAGAUGCUCAGCCUGUCGCUGCACUACAGCAACGCGCUGCAGGAAAAGGAGCUGGCGGCCACGCGCUGCCGCAGCCUGCAGGAGGAGCUGUACCUGAUGAAGCAAGAGCUGGAGCGCGAGAAGAUGUCUUCUUCCCACGAGCGAGAGUUUCGAGAGCGGUCCCUGCAGAUGGCCGGCGGCCUGGGGCCUGGGGACAAGGAGCUGACCCGCCUGAAGGAGGAGAAUGAGAAGCUCCGCUCGCUGACCUUCAGCCUGGCGGAGAAGGACAUCCUGGAACAGAACCUCGACGAGGCCCUGGAGAGCAAGCAGGAGCUCGUGGGGCGCAUCCACUCUCUGAGGGAGCGGGCCAUGGCCGCCGAGAGGCAGCGGAAGCAGUUCUGGGAGGAGAAGGAGCAGACCCUGCUGCAGUUCCAGAAGACCAAGGCCGACUGCGCCAUCUAUAGGGAGAAGGUGACCUCCCUGCAGGGCCAACUGCUGGAGUUGCAGAAAGAGCGAGACCAGGCCUACUUGGCGCGAGACGCUGCCCAGAUGGAGAUUUCUCAGAGCCUGACGGAGAAGGACGCCCUCCGCAGGAAAGUGUUUGAGCUGACGGACCAGGUCUGUGAGCUUCGCCAGCAGCUCCACCAGCCGCAGGCUGGGACCCAGCAAGGGCCUGAGCAGGAAGCUGGCGCCAGGGAGCCCUGUCCGAAGGGGAAGCAGCGGCUGGUGCGCAUGUUGGCCAUCUGUCCACGGGACGACAGUGACUGCAGCUGCUCCAGCUCCACUGAGUCUCAGCUCUGCUCUGACCUGAGUGCCUCAUCCAACCGCGAGCUGGUGGACAGCUUCCGCUCCAGCAGCCCCGUGCCGCCCAGUCAGCAGUCCCUGUACAAGCGGGCCACAGAGGACUUCUGGGAAGAUCCCUGUUCUUUCAGUAAUUUCCCAGAAAGCCUGCAGGUGGACCGGGGACCCUCCCCGGGGGCUAAGGCAGGUGACACAGACCUGGACUAUGAGAUUGUAGACCGGGCAGACCUCCCUGGGUGUGAGAGCAGCCUGCAGCCGCCGUCCUCUGGGGGCCUCCCUGUCAGCGUCCCAGUGCGGAGGAGGCCAGCCCGCAAGCUCCUGAGCCAGGUCACCGUGCUGGCCUUCCAGGGGGACGCGUUGCUGGAGCAGAUAAGCAUCAUUGGCGGCAACCUCUCGGGCAUCUUCAUUCACCGGGUGGCCCCAGGCUCGGCAGCGGACGAGAUGGCCUUGCGGCCGGGCACCCAGAUCAUGAUGGUGGAUUAUGAGGCGACGGAGUCCUCGUUCAAGGCCACCCUCCAGGGCACCACCCUGGAGAAGGCUGUCGGACUUCUCCAGAGGGUGAACGGCUUCUGCUGCCUGUCUGUGAAGGUCAACAUGGAGGGUUAUAAGAAGCUGGUUCAGGACCUGGAGGCCAAAGCGGCUACCUCGGGGGACUCCUUCUACAUCCGAGUCAACCUGGCCCUGGAGGCGCGGGCGGCGGGGGAGCUGCAGGCCCAGUGCAACGACAUCCUGCACGUCACCGACACCAUGUUCCAGGGCCGUGGCUGCUGGCACGCCCACCGCGUGGGCCCCUAUAGCACGAAGGGCGCCGAGCACGGCGCCGUCCCCAACUACGCACGGGCUCAGCAGCUGCUCAUCGCCCUGAUCCAGGACAUGGCACAGCAGAGUACGGUCACCCGCAAGCAGUCUUCCGGGGGACCCCAGAAGCUGGUCCGUCUCAGCGUGGACAGAACCAAGGCUGGCCCCCUGUGCUCAUCCUUUGACGGGGCCCUGCUGGAGCGCGGCAGGCUGGAAGAGCCCUCCACCUCCACCGCCUGCUUCUGGGCGGAGAGCUGCUUCACCCUGGUGCCCUACAGCCUGGUGUGCCCCCACAGGCCCGGCCGGCCCCGGCCCGUGCUCUUCGUGCCCAGGGUGGUCGGCAGGAUCCUGAGCGAGAAGCUGUGCUUCCUCCAGGGGUUCAAGAAGUGCGCCGCAGAGUACUUGAGCCAGGAGGAGUACGAUGCCUCCAGCCAGAGGGGGGACAUCAUCCAGGAGAAGGAGGCAUCCGGUGGCCGCUACUGGGUGACCCGCCAGGCUGUUGAGUCCCUCAUGGAAAAGAACACCCAUGCCCUGCUGGACGUCCGGCUGGACAGCGUGUGUGCCCUGCACAGGAUGGAGAUCUUCCCCAUCAUCGUCCACAUUCCCGUCAACGAGAAGGCAGCAAGGAAGCUCAAGAAGGCCCUGCAGCGGCUCGGUACCUCGGAGGAGCAGCUCCUGGAGGUGAGCCGGCGGGAGGAGAGAGAGCUGGACCAGGUGCCCUGUCUGUACGGCAGCCUGGCCCCCGACGGCUGGAGCGACCUGGAGACCCUGGUGGGCUGCGUCCGCUUGGCCAUCGUGGACGAACAGAAGAAGGUGGUGUGGGCAGAGCAGAGCCCCCGCUGACGCCCCCUCAGGUCCCACCAGGAAGUGUGGGACCUCCGAGUCCCCACGGGAGUCCCUGAUCACGUGGUCCUGUGCUUCGGGCUCGGGGCCUCGCAGGCACAGCCUUGGGGGUGCUCACCCGACAGGCCCAGCUCUGCGGGCAUCUGCUCCCCUCUCUCACCGGGGUCCACCCUUGAACCUGCACCACGGGCAGCGCACGCUGGGCAUCUGGACCAUCUUCUCCUCCACGGCUCCGCGUGGUCUGAACCACAGGCCCCGAGAGCACGUCCGCGGUGGGGCGUCCCCCGAGCCCUCCCAGGGCUGCAGGCCACCCGUCGGACCCGAAUCCUGCACUUCCCUUUUGCAUUUCAAUGCCAAAGGGCUCGUUCCAAAGCCAUGGUGGCAGCAGCCUGGUGGCCCUGAGGCCCCCCGCGGUCCCUCCCAACCCCCUCGUGUCAUCCUGACUUUCUCAGCUCCUGACGGCUGACACAUCCCUCGGGACUCCAGUUUAGAGAGAUGUGUGCCUGGUGUCCCGGUGACAGAAACAGUAUUUUCAGCGGUGCCUGGCGGGUCCGGGGCCCCCUGGGGGUCCUGGAGAAGCCUUCCACACACACGUCGUGCAAAUGCCAGCUUCGUUCCCCUGAGCCUGGGAACUGCACCCCACUAGGCGGGCACCCCCGCAGCUCCUUGUCCAGAGGAAAGCACCUUCACCCCACCUCCAGAGCUCAGGAGACGCUCGGGUGAGGCUCGGGCAAGGCCCCCCGGGGUCCCCUCACCACCGAGCUCUGCCUCAGUCGCAGACCGAACAGAAUUCUGGCAGCAGCGGCUGGGUCGGAACGCCUCAGGCGGAACUCAGGCCGCCGUUAUCACAGACACGGUCAGAAUGUGAACUUUCGUGUAUUUUAUUGAAAUAAAGCUUUUACAGUGACCUGGACCGUGGCUCUCUCCCUACGCUCCUGGGACGGAGUCAGCAGGGAGGGAAGGG